AUGAACGCUGGCCAUGAGCAGAAUCUCAAGUUCUUCAAUCUUCCUUUCUCAAGCAAGCGUUCUUCAAUCUUUCUUUUUGUGAUUACCUUCCUCCUCUUCCUCCUCCUCCUCCUCUUCCGAGUGAAAUCCUUCGAUCUCUUCUCGCUACCUUCGAUCUCUUCUCCUCCUGAGGCGGAGCUCAACGGGACUCGCCCUAUACUCAGCCAACUCGUCACUUUCUUCCCCCUCAAGGACUUGAAGUUCGCCGAUCGGCCGACGUCGGGACGGACCUGGUUCAUGAGCUCCUUCAAUGACUCCUUCGACGGCGGCGAUAGCCAGUAUCUCUACUUCCCGUCGAUGACGUCGAACGGACGGUUGCUCUGCAUCUCGGCGCGCGACGUAUCCAACGGAACAAGGAACUCGUACGCACUCGCAUGGCCGGAGGCGCUUCCAGAAGGCGCCGCUCUCCUCCCCGGCCUCACCUUCGUCUCCGACACCUUCUACGACUACGACAACCUGUGGCACGGCCUCGGCGCGCUCCUUCCGUUCGCGUCGUGGCACCAGCGCAAGCAAUGCGUGGUGCCGGCGCGGUGGGUGCUGUUUCACCGCGGCGAGUUAAGGACGACCAUGGGCAAGUGGGUGCGCACUCUCGCGGAGGCGACCAUCGGGGAGGUGAGGAUAGAGGACUUCGGUGACAGCGACGGUAGAGGAGGAGGGGUGGCGUGCUUCGAAAAGGCGGUGGUGUUCCGGCACAAUGAGGGCGCGAUGAGGAAGCAGAGGCGGAGGGAGGUUUACGCAGGGAUGCGGUGCAGGGCCAGAGCGCACUGCGGCGUCGUGGGAGAUCGUCGGGAGGAGGAUUCGACGGUGACGAUUCGCUUGACGUUGCUGCUCCGGUUGGGUUCGAGGGCGUUCAAGAACGAGUCGGCGGUGAUCGGAAUCUUUGAAAGGGAGUGCGCUAGGGUGGAAGGUUGCAGGGUUCAGGUUGCAUGGGGAAACAACAUGACAUUUUGUGAUCAGGUGAAGCUGAUGAGGGAGACGGAUGUGUUGGUGUCACCUCAUGGAGCUCAGCUAGCGAACUUGUUCCUGAUGGAGGAGAAGAGCAGCAUCAUGGAAUUUUACCCUAAGGGGUGGAGUGAGUUGGCCGGAGCGGGGCAGUAUGUUUACCGGUGGAUGGCGGAUGCAGCAGGGAUGCAACACAAGGGGUCAUGGCAGGAUCCAGAGGGGGAUCAGGUGGAGUGUGGAGAUGCCGUUGACCAGCACAAAUGCUUUGGCUUGUUCAAAGAUGGAAAGAUUGGGGUGGAUGAAAAGUACUUCACUCAAUGGAGUGCUACAGUGCUCAAGGAAGCCAAGGAAAUGAAGCUAAUUGGCAAUGGCCAACUACACAUUCCGUCCACUUCUUGUCUAUGUAUGUAG